UUCUCUAUAAAAUUAACUCCUCACCCUCCUACAAAUUCUCUUCAUCAAACUUAACGUCUACUCAACUCAUCCAUCACCUUCACCUACACCUACCUUUCUUCUUCCCUACAAACAAACAUCUCUCUCUCUCUCUCUCACACACACACACACACUCAAACAACACCACCGCUCCAUGAUGAAUACCAACACCACUGUCAAAAACAACAACGUUGGAGAAUUUGGGGACACCACUCUCACCAAGGUUUUUGUCGGGGGCCUGGCAUGGGAGACUCCCAAGGAUGCCCUCAGAGACCAUUUUGAAAAGUAUGGUGAGAUCCUUGAAGCUGUCAUCAUUUCUGAUAAGCUCACUGGCAAAUCCAAAGGCUAUGGCUUUGUGACUUUCAAAGAGGCUGAGGCUGCCAAAAAAGCUUGCGAGGACUCUGCAACUCUUGUUAUCAAUGGCCGUCGAGCCAACUGCAAUCUCGCUUUCUUAGGUGCUCGCCGUCCAAGGUCUUCUUCCACUGCUUCACCACCUCCACACCCACAAGGAGGAUCGAACAGUGGAGUGGUGAAGAACAACAACGCAGCAGGGAAUCACGUGCAGCCAUACUAUCAUCCACUCAGAACGACUGCUAUACCCUUCCACAGUCACCCUCUUCCUUUCUAUGGGUACACUCCAACCUACAUUGUGACAGACAUAAACUACAAUUACAACCAGAAACUGAGCUAUGGCAAUGGUGGGGCCUACCAGCAGUUGUCCCAUGUGUACCCUAGGCAGGGGAUUGUGGGUGGCAACACAGUAAUGCCAGUGUACCCUCUCUAUCAGUAUCAUCAUCCAACGGAGACCAUUGGCCUACCAGCUCACAACUUUUAUCCAACGGCACCCUGGGCCCCAUUCACCAUCAUUUCCAAACCAUCCUCUAUCAUUCCUCAUACAGGUACAGUUGGCACGGGUGAGUGCUUUAAAAGGGUUGUCUGAUAGCUGAGCUGAGCUUAGUUGGAAAAAGAACAGAGGGUGGCCUCGCAGACCAACAUUAUUAUCUGAUCUGUCAUGGCUUUUUUUUACUUUCAUUUUUUUCUUUGUUUCUUCUUUGAAUAUUGUUUCAUUUCAUUAUUAAUUGUUAAUUUAGGCAUUUUGUUGAUUGGUGAGAUCAGAUUCUUUCAUUCUCUUCUUAUCUGUCUAACACCUCAGCAUCAUGUGCUGUUAACAGUUCACACUCAAUUCAAACCACCAUUAAUUCA